AAAAACUUUAAAAUAUUUUGUUAUAGCAUAGUAUAUAAAAUGUCAACUGAUUCAAAAUGGCAUGUUUGUGUAAUGUUAAUUUCUUCAAAAUGUAAGUAGAGGAAAGAAUUCUUACAGUUUGGAAAAAUGGAAUUAAGAUCAGCAGAAACAUCAUGUGAGAUAUGUCUUGUGAAGGCAGUGCAGAGAAAAAUGAGUGACUUGUUGCUGCAGUAUCCAUUUUUAAAAUUUAAGGAAGAACAGAUUGCUAUAAAAAGGUAUCUAGAUUUACUUAAAUCUAAAAGUGAAGAAAUAAUAAUUUACAUUCAGAUAAUGCUAAAAGUAAAAAAUGAACUUGCUUUUGCAAGACUGGAUAUGGAAAGAACGAUAAAAUUGAAUAAUAAAUUUCAAAUAAAACAAGCACAAAAGAGGGUGAGAUGGUUAGAGGAUAAACUUGAAGAUCUCACAGAAGCAUGUCAAAAGUUAUUUUUUGAAACAGACAAACACAUCUCCAAUACGGCAAUUGAAUUUGCAGAAAGUGAUGCUUCUACUAGACUAAAAAGUAUUCUUUACAAUUCCACAAAAACAUCGAUAUUUAAAAGCUUGUGCAGUUGCAGUGACAAAGAAUUAUCAAUGGAGGAGAAGGCACUACUACGGUUAAAACACAGUGUCAGCAGAGUUUUAAAACAUGACAAAAAACAUAUAAAAGAGAAAAUAUCAAUGUCAGCUUUACCUUCAGUGGAAGAUAAGAUUAAAAACAGUAAAGAUCAGAGAAGAAUCAAUGUUCCAGAUACUCAGACAUUUAAUGAGAAAAAAAAUACAAAUCAACCACCUCAAUUUAUGUGGAAGGAAAAGCCAAAAUUUAGUUCAGUGAUUGACUAUCAUAGUAAGGCAUUGGAUAGAUUGGUAGGAAGACUAGAAAAUAUUUACAAUUCUGCUGAGGAUGCAAGUGCAGACUCCUUAACGCACAAAGAAGUUGAUAAAAUUAAUGAUUUACCUGCAGAUGCAGAGAUAUUAUCGCAAGACAUAUUACCUGACAUCAACAAAAAAUCUUCAGUUAUAAAAAAAACUGAUGAGACAAUAGAAGCUCAAAAUAGAAGAAAAGUUGAGUCCAAUGAUAGCAUUUCCAACCUAAAACUACACUUGUUACAGCCCGAAAAUGCAAACUUAAAGACAAGACAUAUGGUGUACCCACGUUCACCUUCCACGUGGUGCAAUCAAAACAUCAAUGAUACUCCUGGUCUAAUUAAACAUUUAAAGCAACCAAAACCCUCCAAAGCAAGUGCUUACACAUCAUUGCAGAAACACAAGGUUGAAACACCUCUAUCAAAUUCUUCUUUAGAAAACGAGAAGAAUUCAGUAAUGAAAAGAGCUGCAGCUAGAGUACGAGCUGUGGCUAAAAUUAAGAUCCAGUUUUGUAACAUAACGCAUAACAAGGAUCCAGAAUUUGACAGUGUUAAAAUAAAGAGAAUCAAGGAUUUAGUGGGCGAAUCUGGUAUCUGCUCUGAAAACACAAACAUAGCAGUCGAUGCUGCGAAGGCAUUGGGUCAGUUAAAAUUCCAAGACGAGUCUGUCAUUAAAGGUUUGGAGAUGCAGAUAGAUAGCAAAGAAAGAAGCUUUUUAUCGUAUGAAUGUGCGAAAUCAUUACUUUUACUAGAAGCUUGUGGCAUAAGAAUUGGUGAUUCUCUUAAACACCUAGUUGUAGGGGUGGAAGGGAGUGGGCAUUGGCGAGAGAAUGCAAUGGCGGUUUUAACAGAUUGCCUUAAAAAUGGCAAUAAAAAGAUUUGUGAAGAUAUACUAGCAACAAUAAAGAAGUCACCAAAUGCAGCUUUUAUUUCAAAGUCAUCGAAAUCAUUCAAAUCUUUAUCAAAUGUGUUAAGAGAAAUUGUGUCUUCGUCAGAUGAUGAAAAUAUAGCAUUUAAUGCAGCUACCUGUCUUGGACAUUUGUGUGUAUACACUGAAGAGGCUAAGUGUUUGUUACUGCAAGCCAUAAAAGAUGACUCAUAUGGUAAAAAAGCUGAUGCGUUAAAUGUUUUGAUAAAACAGAUCAAUUGCAAAGAAGACAUAGUGUUGGAUGGUUUGAUGCAUCAGAUAAGUCACGCCCACUGCUGGAAGCAUCGUAUCGAGGCUGCUGAAUUGUUAAAGUUUGUGGGUUUAAGGAGAUUGCAGCAGUACGAUUUAACAAAAGUUUUCGAUGUUCUGCAUGAGUUGCUAUGGAAUCAUCCAAACAAGGAGUUUCGUUCCAAAAUAACUUCACUUCUGACUGACUUUGGUAUGAGAGAUGAUGCAUGCGCAAUCACUCUAAAAAGGCUGGAAAACAAAAAUGAAACUGUUAGAGUGGAAGCCAUCAUCGCAUUGGCUACACUUAAGAUGAAGGGAGAGAAAGAACUGAAAAUGUUGUUGGGUAUUUUUGAGUUGGAUUCAAGCAACUACGUGCGUAUACAAGUGAUUAAAGCUUUUGUUGAUCUUAAAUGGAACAAUCCACGAGUUUUACGAGCACUGAAAGAACGACAGAAAGGAGAUGACGUGCUCGCGCAAGAAGCGUCAAAGGCUUUAAAAAUGCUGACGUCAUCAUCGCUGAUGGAGUAGAUGAACUUCGUCAAAUAUAUCAACAUCCUGAAGAAAUUUGAAACCAGAGUUGCAACUUAAAUCAUAGCAUUGGUGGAUAAAAUUGCUUCGUAGAUAUUUUUAAAAUGACUAAUUUUAGAUUUUUUGACCAACAUGAUUGUUCACAUUUGUUGUUUCAUGUUUCGAUGGCAUGCUAUGAAUAAGAUUUAACGUUACCCAUCGAUAUGUAAUUGUAUUUUUCUGAAUAUCAGCUAAAUUUUUGGACAGCGUCGAAUUUUUGCUGCCUUGAUGAAGUUUUAAGUUUGCUUUUAAUUAUGGUAUAAAACUUUGUAUUGAGCGAAAUAAGGCGAUUGUUUAUUCUUGAUGAUGUAAUUUUUUUAUUUAUAAAUAGUCUGUUUUUUAAGUGUAAAUAACUAAUAUUUAUUUUAGAUGUUUUUCAGUAGAAAAUAAAUGAUGUAG